AUGUAUUACAGCCGACGUCCGCCGUGGGUCCUCGGCACUGUGGCCAUCUCCUUGCUGUCAACCGCAUCUGCUUUCUAUCUCCCUGGCGCUGCCCCUCACGACUACACCGAAGGCGAAGCCGUCGACCUCUAUGUCAACGCGCUCACGCCCAUGCUCGCAGGGAGCGACAACGCGAAACUCAAGUCGCUCAUAAACUACGACUACUAUGACUCGAGAUUUCAUUUCUGUGAGCCAGAAGGGGGCCCCCACAAAGAACCGGAGUCGUUAGGAUCAAUCCUCUUCGGCGACCGAAUCUUCAAUUCGCCGUACGAUGUCAGAAUGCUCGAGGACAACGCAACCUGUAAAACGCUAUGCACAACAACAAUCCCACCGGAAGAUGCAAAAUUCAUCAACGAGCGCAUAAAGGAAGACUAUGCCCUUAAUUGGCUGGUUGACGGACUUCCCGCAGCUGAAAUGAAAGUGGACAUUAAGACCGGAGAUCUGUUCUUUGACAUGGGAUUCAACCUCGGGAACGACGAGGCGGAGUACACAGAGACUCCCGCGCUCAACAAUCACUACGAAAUCGUGCUCAGGUACCACACACCCAAACCCGGGGUGCACCGCAUAGUUGGAGUGCUCGUGUGGCCCACAAGUCGGGGUGGAUCUCAGGACCCUUCUACAGAUUGCUCGACUAGUGAUACGCCGCUCAUUUUACGAGAGGACCAGCCGAAUCUAGUUCGAUAUACAUAUCGAGUGAUGUGGAAUGAAUCCGACACCCCCUGGGCGACACGCUGGGACAACUACCUACACAUCUUUGAUCCCCGCAUACACUGGUUCAGUCUUAUUAACUCGCUUGUCAUCAGUGUGUUCCUUUGCGUCAUGGUAGCCAUGAUCUUGCUGCGCACGGUUUCUCGAGAUAUCUCACGCUAUAACGCAAUGGACCUCAGCGAAGACGUCCAAGAAGAUUGGGGAUGGAAGUUGGUUCAUGGCGAGGUAUUCCGAACCCCACGAAACCCUAUGAUCUUGUCGAUCCUCUCAGGAAACGGUUCUCAGUUGUGCGCAAUGGCUGGCGUGACUCUAGUCUUUGCACUUCUAGGGUUUCUUUCUCCGUCAAAUCGGGGCUCGCUCGCGACGGUCAUGAUGGUGUGCUGGACGUUGUUUGGGGGCAUCGGCGGAUAUGUUUCGAGUCGAGUAUAUGCGUCGCUCAACGGCACUAACAAUAGACGCAACUCUUUCUUGACAGCCACGGCCCUCCCUGCGCUCGUGUUUGCAAUCGUGUUCCUGCUGAACAUCUUCCUGCUAUCAGCCGGCUCUUCUGGUGCCGUGCCAUUCGGGACUAUGCUGCUCAUCAUUGUGCUCUGGUUCGGCAUCUCGGCGCCUUUGUCGUUGAUUGGAUCAUACAUUGGGGCCAGACAUGGGGGCGUCUCCAACCCUGUCAGGGUGAACCAAAUCCCACGACAAAUCCCACAGGUGCCUAGAUAUCUGCAGCCAUGGGCUGCAACACUGCUCGCUGGCAUUCUUCCGUUUGGUGCUGCGUUUGUGGAGUUGUACUUCGUGCUGUCCAGCCUGUUCGCAUCUAGGGCAUAUUACGCCUUCGGCUUCCUUGCGCUGACCGCAGGGGUGGUCGCGCUGACCACGGCCACCGUGACCAUCCUAUUCACGUAUUUCCUCCUCUGUGCAGAGGAAUACCGGUGGCACUGGCGAGCGUUCCUUACAGGAGGCGGAAGCGCCUUCUGGCUUUUGGGAUACGGUAUUUUCUAUUGGGUGUCUCGCCUGUCCCUGGAUUCUUUCUCUAGUGUCGUGCUAUACAUGGGAUACCUGCUCCUUCUGGCCCUCCUGGAUUUCCUUGUUACCGGAACCAUCGGCUUUCUUGCGGCGUAUUGGGCUGUCCGAAGGCUGUACAGCGCUAUUAGAAUCGACUAG